UUUCGGUUUAUUUGAAUGAUCGAAACGGUCAAGACUGUAGAGUCUGUUGAGAAGGUAAACCACGUCGAAGACCAUAUCAAUCCAAUGCCUAUAAGUUCACAAUCGGAGAUGAUCAGAGUAAUUUAUUUAUAAAAAAAGAGAUAGAUUGGGCCACAGAUCACACCUGAGAUUGUUAUGUAAUCUCACAAACCCGCAUCCAAAUUGCGCGAGUUAACCAAUUCCGGUUUUGUGCCAAUUUUCGACUGUUUGUCGAUUUGGAUUCGCGUCGAUCCGAGGCUCUUCCUUCCCAAGCACGCCAAUCGGGAAAAAACCUCGUAUCGGAAAUCGGAAGAUGAGGCUGCUGAAGGUGGCCACUUGCAACUUGAAUCAAUGGGCUAUGGAUUUCGACUGCAACCUCAACAACAUCAAGGAAUCCAUUACUAGGGCCAAACAGUCGGGCGCCGUCAUCAGGCUCGGCCCCGAGCUCGAAAUCACCGGUUACGGUUGCGAAGAUCAUUUCUUGGAGCUCGACACCGUCGCUCACGGGUGGGAGUGCUUAAAGGAUAUUUUACUCAGUGAUUGGACAGAUGGCAUAUUAUGUAGCUUUGGUAUGCCUGUUAUAAGAGGGUCAGAGCGUUACAAUUGUCAAGUAUUAUGUCUGAACAGAAAAAUUAUCAUGAUACGGCCGAAGAUGUGGCUCGCAAAUGACGGCAACUACAGGGAACUUCGAUGGUUUACAGCAUGGAAGCACAAAGAGCUUGUGGACUUUCAGCUUCCUAGUGAAAUUUCCACGGCUUUGUCGCAGCAAACAGUGCCUUUUGGCUAUGGUUACAUUCAAUUCUUGGACACAGCUGUUGCAGCUGAGGUUUGUGAAGAACUUUAUACUCCCAUUCCUCCUCAUGCUGAGCUUGCAUUGAAUGGUGUUGAAGUGUUUAUGAAUGCCAGUGGAAGUCACCACCAACUGCGAAAGCUUGACCUUCGCCUUCGUUCUUUUAUAGAUGCCACACAUAGUCGUGGAGGUGUCUACAUGUAUAGUAAUCAACAAGGAUGUGAUGGUGGCCGCCUGUAUUAUGAUGGAUGUUCCUGUGUUGUUUUGAAUGGGGAUGUGGUUGCUCAAGGCUCACAAUUUUCUUUGAAGGAUGUUGAGGUGGUGGUUGCUCAAAUAGAUCUAGAUGCGGUUGCAAGUCUAAGAGGAUCUAUUAGCAGUUUUCAAGAGCAAGCAAGUUGCAACCCAAAAGUUCCAUCAGUAGCAACACCUUACAAGCUUUGUCAGCCUUUUAACCUUCAAAUGCCCCUUUCAAGUCCUCUUGAGAUUAGAUAUCACUCUCCAGAGGAAGAAAUAGCUUUUGGACCUAGUUGCUGGAUGUGGGAUUAUUUAAGAAGAAGUGGAGCUUCUGGUUUUCUGCUUCCACUCUCUGGUGGUGCUGAUAGCUCAUCUGUUGCUGCUAUAGUUGGCUGCAUGUGCCAGCUGGUAGUAAAAGAAGUUGAAAAUGGAGAUGAACAAGUCAAAGCUGAUGCUAUAAGAAUUGGUCAUUAUACUGAUGGAGAGUUUCCUACUGAUAGCAAAGAAUUUGCGAAACGCAUAUUUUACACAGUGUUCAUGGGAUCUGAAAAUAGUUCUGAAGCAACAAGAAUGAGGGCGAAGGUGCUGGCAACUGAAAUUGGCUCAUGGCAUCUAGAUGUUUCCAUAGAUGGUGUUGUUUCUGCUCUACUUUCGCUUUUCCAAACCCUUACGGGAAAGCGACCACGUUACAAGGUUGAUGGGGGAUCAAACAUUGAAAAUUUGGGGUUGCAGAACAUUCAAGCUCGAAUAAGAAUGGUGUUGGCAUUUAUGUUAGCUUCACUCUUGCCAUGGGUGCAUAACAAGCCGGGUUUUUAUCUUGUACUAGGUAGCUCCAAUGUGGAUGAAGGAUUGCGUGGUUACCUGACAAAGUAUGAUUGCAGUUCAGCAGAUAUAAAUCCAAUUGGAAGUAUUAGUAAGCAGGAUCUUCGGAGAUUUCUACGAUGGGCUGCGACACAUCUUGGCUACACAUCUUUAGCAGAAAUCGAGGCCGCUCCACCCACUGCUGAACUAGAGCCUAUACGGUCCAACUACAGCCAGCUGGAUGAAGUGGACAUGGGAAUGACAUAUGAGGAACUUUCAGCCUAUGGAAGGUUGCGGAAGAUUUUCCGCUGCGGUCCUGUAUCCAUGUUCCAGAAUCUCUGCUAUAAAUGGGGUGCAAGUCUUAGUCCAUCAGAGGUGGCCGAUAAAGUGAAGCACUUCUUCAAGUACUACUCUAUCAAUAGACACAAGAUGACCGUGUUGACACCUUCCUAUCAUGCUGAGAGUUACUCACCGGAGGACAACCGAUUUGAUCUUCGCCAAUUUCUAUACAAUGUGCGAUGGCCGUAUCAAUUUCGCAAGAUCGACGAACUUGUACGUGAGUUUGAUGGUGAAAAGCCGGCUCUUGCUAAAGUAAGUGACGAGGAAAAAGUGGGUGUUGCAUCUGAUGGUGGUAUGGGAGUCGUGGCAGCAGGCUCGGAUGAUCCGAAAGCUGGACUCUAGAAUUUCAAACUGAUAGCUGCAAGAUGAAAUCAUUUGGUGAAGAUAAAAUAGUACAGUAAUCUUAUUUGAUGUGAUGAUUUAUUAGUGGAGCAGGGAGGAUCUUUUGGCCCCACUUGAAGAAAGAUAGCAGCCUCUGUUUUUAUUGCAUUUCGUCCAUUCUAACAGAGUAACAAGUAGUAACAACUUUGACCUCCAUACCCGAUAUUUUAUUUGUAAUAACAUUUUUAUUGUAACUGUUCAUUUCGCAAGAAUUUAGUUUUAAACAGGCAUAAUAUUGCCUUUUCCCCA